AUGCCUGGCACCCACCUGCUCCCCCCGAAUCUCCUCAAGCUCUUCGCCCCGCGCCCACCGCUCACCUAUGCCCGGCCUUUGGACAAGGACAUCGACCGCGUCGUAAAAAAACCCGUCUCGCCCGUGGGCCCGCUCCUCGUCAUGCUGCGCGAGUCUGCGGCGCUCGCAGAGGGCGAGGGCAUGGAGGAGGGUGAGGAGCCCGCCUUCACCCACGCGGAGCAGACAAAGCGCCAGAUCAGGAAGGAGGAGCGCAAGAAGCGCAGGACGGAGGAGUUCAAAAUCGCGAAAGAGAGCUAUAAACCCUCAGAGGAUGCCGAAGCGGUCGGAGACCCGUACAAGACGCUGUUCAUCUCCCGUCUGCACAAGGGUGCAUCUGAGAGCGACAUCCGCCGUGAAUUCGAGACGUACGGGACCAUCGAACGCGUACGCAUUGUGCGCGAUAAAAAGGGACGCGGGCGAGGCUACGCGUUCAUCGUGUACGAACGCGAACGUGACAUGAAAGCUGCCUACAAGGAAUCCGAUGGACUGCACAUCAUGGGCAAGCGCAUCCUCGUCGACGUCGAGAGAGGACGCACCGUGCGUGGAUGGAAGCCCCGCCGCCUCGGUGGCGGCCUUGGUGGGCGCCCCAAGCCCGUCGAACAGGCAGCGGUCAGCAGUAGCCGAGGCGGAUUUCGAGGCGGGUUCGCGGGCGACAGAGGUGGUGGACGCGGUGGGUUCAGCGAUCGUGGAGGUGGGUUCCGCGGAGGUCGUGGGGGUGGGUUUGGUGGUGGUCGUGGUGGAGGCGGGUUUGGGGAUCGUGGUGGAGGAGGUGGGUUCCGUGGAGGCGGAGGCGGAGGGUUUAGGGGCGGACGCGACGAUUUCGGCCCGCCGCCUCGCGGUGGAGGAUUUAGGGGCAGUCGCGGAAGUGGAAUCGGCUUCCAAGGCGGAGGGGGCUUCAACGAUGGGCCACCCCCCAACAGGUAUGGCGGGCCACCCGGUGCCGGCGGGCCUGGGGGCCCGGGCGGAUAUGGCCCUCCCGGUGGUGGCGGGGGUUUCGGGGGCGGAGGCCCUGGAUACGGGCCGCCGAGCGGGAGAGGAGAUUUCGGGGGUGGGUACCGAGGAGACCUCAAGCGCGAAAGUUCCGGGUUCGACGAGAGGGACGCCAAACGGCCACGGUACUAGACGAUGCGACGAGAACAGGACGGUGCGACGCGGCGUGGAUCGGUCGAGGUAUGCUGCUGUAUAUGAUGCUGCCCUCCGUGCUCGGCGCGUGUGCGUAUAUGUUUGCGUGGGCGUGUAAGUUGCGGGUUUGGUUUGGCUCGGUACCAUGAUUUUUGCUCUCCUUUCUAUCGCUGUUUCGGUUUCAGUUUUUUCUUUCUCGUCUCUGCUUUCUCCCUCUGCUUUUCUCGUUUCAUCAGCCACCCCCCCCCCCCUGAUCUUUGCUCGGUCGUCUCAUCUCGAGCCGCGCGCUCUGUGUUUAUGUUUGCGUAAGUAUUAUGGUUGCCGGACACGUUACACGGCGACGGCCUGUGAUGCCGAGGCAAGUAUAGUACGACAUUUCCGUUUGGUUGACACAGACGUUCGCACAGGAACAGAGAACCGAACCAG